AUGUCGCCGUUGCCAAAGGCGGACGGCUCUGCUACUUAUUCCUAUGCGGGCUACACCAUCACAGCCUCUGCAAAUGGUCCAGUCGAGGCCCAGAAACGGGAUGAGCAUCCCUACGAGGCGUUGGUCGACGUCGUAGUCCGACCGGCCUCAGGAGUUGGAGGCACCAGAGAAAGGCAUCUGGAAUCUCUGUUGCAACAGUCACUGCGACAGCUUAUCCUGGUCAAGAACUUCCCUCGUUGCACCGUACAGAUCGUCCUGCAAGUGACAGCAACGCCUGCCAAUGAAUAUGUCAACACGAAACUCGUCCAGGCGAGCUCGAAUCUGCUCAUCAUCCCGGCUCUGCUUCAGACUGCAGUCCUGGCCCUCCUGUCCGCUGCAGUGCCAAUGAGGGCCACAGCCACUUGCGCUGUUACAGCCGUCUCGCUCAGUGACGGCAAGACCCAGAUCACAAUGGACCCUUCUCCACGACAGGCGGACAAAUCCCGAUCCGUCCAUGUCUUGGCAUUCACAUCAUCCAGCGAGCUCUUGCUUGCUGAGAGCGAGGGUGACUUCACAAUGACCGAAUGGGAUGAAGUCUACGAAGCCUCGCGGAAUGCAUGUUGCGGCGCGGCUGACGGCAACGGGACCCACGCUGUUUUGGAUGAAGCCCAACAAAGUGGCCCGAAUAUGCGUCAGUUUGUGAGGUCAGCAGCAGAGGGCAAAAUUGCGGCAGAUCUAUACUGGAAGUGA